AUGACACAAAAAGCUCAAAAGAGAUUCUCUUCCUAUUUUGACUUUUUUUGGUAUAUGCACUAGAAUGAUGACACUACACUCUCAUCCCUAUUUAUGUGUUUAUCUUUCAGAGAGAGACUGAAGAAAUCCAAUCCAAUCUCUUUUUAAUUCUUGAUUGAUCGAUCAUCGUUGUUACGUUAAAGAUCGAUGGGGAAGGAGGAGGACGAGAAUGGGUGUUUGAAUGAAUGGCCGGAGCCGAUUGUGCGAGUGCAGGGCCUCUCCGAAAGCGGCAUUUCCACCCUCCCGGACCGCUACUUCAGGCGUAGUCGCAGUGAGCGGCCCGAGGUGGUGGAGGAGAUACCCGUAAUUGACUUGGAGGCGGUGGCGGGCCGGAAGGAGGAGGAGGAGGAGGAGGAGGAGGAGGAUAAUGAUUCUUCUUCUCUUUCUUCUGGUGCACGGGGGGAGAAGAUGUCGGGGGCGUGCCGGGAGUGGGGGUUCUUUCAGGUGGUCAACCACGGGGUUGACCAGGAGUUGAUGGCGGAGAUGCAGGAGGCGUGGCGGGAGUUCUUCCUUCUGCCGGCGGAGGAGAAGCAGGAGUACGCCAACUCCCCCGCCACGUACGAGGGCUACGGCAGCCGCCUCGGGGUGGAGAAGGGCGCCAAGUUGGAUUGGUGCGAUUACUUUUUCCUCAAUUUUCUUCCCAUUUCCCUACGCGAUUCCUCCAAGUGGCCACGCCUUCCCCUUCCAUGCAGGCCAUUGACUGAGAAAUAUGGUCAAGCUAUGGCGUGUUUGGGUGAGAAACUAACAAGGAUGAUGUCCCUAAGCCUUGGGCUCAAAGAAGACAGGCUUCACCAAGCUUUUGGUGGGGAUCAAGGCAGAGGAUCGUGCCUGCGGGUUAAUUUUUACCCAAAAUGCCCCCAACCGGACCUUGCAUUUGGCCUUUCACCCCAUUCUGACCCGGGCGGAUUGACCAUUUUACUCCCGGAUGCCAAUGUUGUGGGCCUCCAAGUCUUCCACGUAGACAAAUGGGUUAAUGUUAAGCCACUGCCCAACUCCUUAAUUGUUAAUAUUGGCGAUCAAAUUCAGGUGAUGAGCAAUGCGGCGUAUAAAAGCGUCGAGCACAGGGUGAUAGUGAAUUCUAUAAAGGAACGAGUGUCACUCGCUUUCUUCUACAAUCCAGGCGGGGAGGUGGUGGUUAAGCCUCUCGAUGAACUUGUUACUGAAAACAACCCUGCAAUGUAUCUCCCGAUGACAUUCAAUGAGUACAGAGCGUUCAUUCGAAGCAAAGGUCCUCAAGGGAAAUCCCAAGUGGAAAUGCUAAAAUCUAAAUCUUGAGUAGUAUGAUGUUUGUGGAGUCAUUUCCUUUGAAGAGUUGAAAAGUUUUGUUGCUAAUAUAUAUCAUCAUACAAUAAGGGUAUUUAUUUGACCCACACUGAUGUUAUUAAAGGUUCAAGCAUUGUUUCAAUAAAUGGUUUCAAAUAUUUAUUAUUUAUUGAAUGGUUUUCCCAAGGAUGAUAAUUGAAUUCACGUUUCAUUUAUAAAAUAGACAAAUUUAGUAAUUUACCUUUUCACUACUUUUGUUCUAAAUAUUUAAAGAUAAAGUUGUCUAUUUGAUGCAAAUACAAUAGAUAUAAUCAACUUACCAGUCCAAU